GGUUUGAAGAAAUGGUGGGGAGAUCACAAGUCAGAGGGGUCUUUUUCAAACACAAGAAAUACCCUUUGAUCAUUAUCUACCAAGUGAAAAUUUGACUAUAAGAUGUGGUGGAAGUCAGCAAGAAACUGCAGUAGCUGCUCCAAAAGAAGAAACUUUUCAUUUUAUUUUCUGGCAGGUUCCCUCUCCCUCGCGCACACAGUUACUGGGGAGGCUGUUAAUUUCUCAGGGAUGCUCAAGGAGGUUACUGUGAUCUUAUUUCUUGGGUUGGCGGUAUGGGCAUAUCAGGCCACCCAGCCACCACCUCCAAAGAUUUGUGGAACCCUGGGUGGCCCUCCCAUUACAGCGCCUAGAAUGAAGCUGAGGGAUGGGAGGCAUUUGUCCUACAAGGAGCAUGGCGUCUCUAAAGAAACUGCCAAAGCUAAGAUCAUACUUGUUCAUGGUUUUGCCUCUACGAAACAUGAUAUAAUGAGUAUGACAGAACCCGUUCUGGAUGUUGUUGAGGAGCUGCGGUUGUACUUUGUGUCCUUUGAUCGGCCAGGUUACGGAGAAAGCGAUCCAGAUCCCAGGCGAACUCCUAAAAGUUUAGCUUUAGAUAUAGAAGAGCUUGCUGAUCAUUUAGGACUGGGAUAUAAAUUUUAUGUGAUGGGAUUCUCCAUGGGAGGCCAAGUGGUUUGGGGCUGCCUCAAGUACAUCCCUCAUAGGCUAUCAGGAGCGACACUAAUUGCUCCUGUUGUCAACUAUUGGUGGCCUGGCUUUCCUGCGAACUUAUCGGCAGAAGCAUACUACCGACAGAUACGACAGGAUCAUUGGGCAUUAUAUGUUGCUCACCAUACUCCAUGGCUCACGUACUGGUGGAACACUCAGAAAUGGUUUCCUGCAUCAGCUGCUAUAUCCAUGAAGCCUGAUAUUUUAUCCCGCCAGGAUUUAGAACUCCUACCCCUGAUCGCAGAGAAGAGAAACAACAGGCCACAAGCAACGCUGCAAGGAGUGUUUGAAUCCUUACAUCGAGACCUGAUGAUUGGAUUUGGGAAGUGGGAAUUUGAUCCUAUGGAUCUUGAGAAUCCUUUUCCUAACAAUGAAGGCUCAGUUCAUCUAUGGCAGGGUGAUGAAGAUAUAAUGGUGCCUUCUAGCUUGCAGCGAUAUAUUGCCCAAAGACUUCCAUGGAUUAACUACCAUGAGGUUCCUGGUGCUGGACAUUUAUUCACCGCAAUCCCACAGAACUUCGGACAGAUUUUAAAGGUUCCUUUUCUGGGAAGGGAUUGAUCCUAUUUGUUGUAGGGCUAGGUGGGUGAACAGUGCAUCCCUGAUUAUGUUCAAACAUUUUGUGUGUCUUUCUGCUGUACAAACCAUGUGUCUGCAACUGAGAUUUGGUCACGUUGCAAAAAUGUUCUAUUUCGACACUA